AUGUCAUCUGGCGACGCACACCCCGACGGUGUGCUUGUGUACUGCCAUGCCUGCUCUCACGAGUGGCUUGAGCACGAACAUGGACUAAAAUGCCCCGAAUGUGACGGCGAUAUCACGGAAAUUAUUGAUGCCGACAAUGACCCUCGUGAAAUGAUGGAUAAUACGGCGGGCCUGAUGUCUUCGGGACAAACCGGCAUUUCCAGUGAAGACAUGAAUUCAGAUCCCGAUGAAGCUGACAUCGACGAACACAUGGGGCCACACGGCUUCGUUCAUCAUCAGAGCGUCAGAGCCGGCCCCCAAAUUGUUAACCAUCACGACCCAGACAUUACAACGGUGCUCGAUCGCUUCUAUGAAAUGAUUGAGGGCUUUGGCCAGCCUCAGACAGUGACUCAUCAGGGAUCGCCUAGCCACGAUGGACAGGUCCCUCCCUCGCGUCCUCACAUUUGGCCUCAAGUUCAUCGCACAACCUUCACAUCCGGCUCCUUUGGAGGGGGAGCGGCCUCGGUCACCAUCUUUUCGAGCCCGAUCCAAACAGGAGUUGCCGAGCAUGCUCACGACGCACAUGCCGGAGAUCCUUUUCAGUCAAUCUUUUCCAGUGUUAUUCGAGAAUUGGGUCCGCCAACUGGUGGCCAGAUGGGCGGUCCUGCACCGAACUUCGCAAGGGGGCUGCAAGAAAUAAUGAGCUUGUUCAAUCCUGCCAAUGCCGUGGCUGGUGAUGCCGUCUAUUCCCAAGAGGCACUGGACCGCAUAAUUACACAGUUGAUGGAGGCCACCCCGCGCUCGAAUGGAGCCCCUCCCGCCUCGAACGAAGCCCUCGAGUCUCUAGAUCGUCGACCCGUGGAUGAAAGCAUGGUCAAGGGGGAGUGCGAGUCGCAGUGCAUCAUCUGCCUUGAAAUCGUCAACGUUGGAGACAUGGCAGUCUUUCUGCGCUGCAAGCAUUGGUUCCACGAGGACUGCGUCGUUUCUUGGCUGAGGGAGCACAAUACCUGCCCGAUCUGCAGGACCGCCAUUGAGACCCACGGUGAUGGUGUCAACAACAACGCCCUACCGGGCGGCGUAGGCGGCAGAUUUGUCGCGGGAGACUCUGGACCACGGUCGGCCGCUCCUGAUGGCUCUUCGUUGUCUGGUCCGAGUUCAGCUGGCCCGUCAGGAACUUCCACAGGGCUCAGGGCGAGCUUUGGCUGGUUCACAAGACAGGACGGCGUAUCGCCCAGUGCACCAGGCGACGAUGCAUCUCGAACGACUAUUGGACCCGUUUCCGCCCAGCUUGACGACGCGCUUCGUACAGUCUCAGCCAUUCAAGAAAGCGUGGGCAGGGAAAGGGGCCGAGAGGUACCGAACGAAUACGGCGCUUCACGGCCGGAGAGACGAUCGUCUGUCUCGCCGACGAGUCCUAGGCAGACGGCACCGGCGGAGUAUGGUGCCCGAAUGAGGCAGAGAAGUCCCUCGGAGAGUCGCCGACUCGCAACAGCAGAACAAGGCUCUGCCCAACAAUCGAGCCCGGGCCCCUUCCACUGGCUACGAGGCCGAAUAUCCGGAGACAGAAACUCUCGACAGGGCUCAUCCAGCAAUGAGGGGCAAAACUAG